ACAAGGUCAUUUUGGACGUAUUUAAUAAGCUAUAGGUUAGUAUGGCUUUUCGUUCCCCGAAAACGUCUCGCACGUUAAGCACAAAAGAUGUCAUAUGACUAUGGAGAGAAAAAUGGCCCUCAUACAUGGGUGUUACGCUUUCCUAAUGCUGGAGGAACAAAGCAAUCCCCAAUCAACUUGAACACAAUGUCAAUGAGGCUUGACGAAUCACUGGCUCCAAUAAAUGUGGACUUAAAUGGACUUCAAAACCAAACUUUACACGUUAAAGACCACAAUUUCUCAGUCGAAGUGAAAGGAAACGCAGUAUUAUCCGGUGGUCCAUUGGCAUCAGAAUAUAAGCUGAUACAAUUUCAUUUACAUUGGGGAUCUGGUAAUAAUUGGGGCUCUGAGCAUAUGAUCAAUGGGAUAAGUUGUCCAGCUGAACUACAUUGUGUAUUUAUUAAUACUAAAUAUGCUACAAUGGAAACCGCUAUUACUUAUUCUGAUGGAUUAUCAGUUGUCGGUAUAUUUUUUCAAUUGGGCAAAUCAUCGAAUAAUAAUAACGCCUUAAAACGUUUAUGCUCAUUGUUAAAAUCAACAAAGAAAGGCGAAAGCAAAGAUAUUCAACCUAUGCUUGAUUUGAACACACUUUUGCCAAAUGAUUUAUCCAGAUACUACACAUAUUCCGGAUCAUUAACUACCCCACCAUGUAAUGAAUGUGUCACAUGGAUCGUUCUAGAUGAGCCGGUAGUGAUGACUAUUGAUCAACUUGAAACAUUACGACAAAUGCAUGCUAAUUGUAUAACCUGUGGUCAAACCGAUAAUUUUCGUCCAAUUUGUCCAAUCGGUUCACGUUUAGUAAGGUGUUCAUUUCGAGUUUAAAAAUAAAAGAAGACAAACAACAAAACAAUCCAAUGUAGCCAGAUUCAUUGAAUGCAUAUGCAAUUUACUCAUUUAGUCAUUUUAUUUACAACCAUAUACAGAAGAAAAAAACUUUUUUUCUCUCAUUUACAAAAGAAUCAGGAAUAUUUCAAUCUAUCCAAUAGUAUUCUAGUCGAUAUUCACAAUCAUAUAAGACUAUACUAUACAUUGCUUGAUUAUUUCCACAGAAUAUUUACCCAAAAAAGAAAAAAAAUAAUAAAGAGAACCAUUAUAUCAAAUUAUUGUUUUCUGUUCCUUUAAACUAUCAAAUUACUACUAUACACAGUUUAUUCAUCAUUGAAUUGAUGUUUUAAUGCUUCUUCUCAUUAUACUGUAAAAAUUCAACUAAGCAAGAUUCUCAUUUUGUUCUGCUUAAUUAAUUAAUUAAUUAAUUGAUUUCUUUCUUUUAUUUUCAUCAUUUUAUUGAUUAUUAUUUAAUUAUUAAUCAUUUUGAAAAGGGUCUCCUUUCCUUUACUUUACCUCCUUAUCAAUGUUAAUAUAAUUUAAUGAUUUUAGAUUUGAAGAACAUACUACUUUCACCUUGUUUGUUUUCAGUGAAUUAAACAGAAUAAUAAAUAAUUAAUUAAAUAUAUGUAUGGAAAAUUCUAAUUCAAAUCAGUUGAAGGUUUCUAAGAAAUGACUUAACAAGCUGGUUUUAAAAAUAUACUACUAUUAUGUAAUUGAUUCAGGUGAAGUUGCAUUCUCUAUGAGCUGAGUUGUUUACUUGUGAAAGUAUUAUUAUUUUUCUAAACACGUUCAAGACAAUGAUAACAGUUUGAAGAUUUGAUGAAAAUGCAAUGGAAGCCAAAAAUAGACGUUCUUAAUAUUAUUUGUAUUAAAUGAAACUUGAACGAUUAAGAAAAUAAACAAAA